AUGCAUAAAACCACAGAAUGUUUCGGCGCACACGAUCGUUCCCGGCAUCGCUCUGGUCCGAUAAGAAGCGUUCCGGUUGCGGCCAAUAUUAAGAGGGAAGUUGACUUUGACUGUCCUGAAGAGUUUGGAUAUUAUCCUCAUCCCACCGACUGCACGCUGUAUUACGUUUGCGUUUUCGGCGGCGCUUUGCUCGAAUCUUGCACUGGUGGCCUUAUGUACAGCCACGAGCUGCAAACAUGUGAUUGGCCGCGUAAUGUGGGCUGCGAUGCCACCGGUGCAGUGGUUAGGGAAGAUCUAGAGAGGUUGAACGAGAGGGAGCCCCCGCCGCCGCCUCCACGUCGCAACCCACCACCACCGCCAAGGGCGCAGCCCAAUCCAGUCAUCACUUCGCGAGGACAACCUAAAUUUAAUCGUCAGGAAUACGAAAAGCAACAGCAGUUGUAUGCCGAAGUGGAUGACUUACCACCAGUUGAAGAACUCGAGAACGACCGUCAACAAAGAGUAUAUAGAGGUCAACCUUCCACAAUUGGACAAGUUCAAAAGGACAGAGAUGGAUACGGAUCUCAGUCCAUAAGUUCUGGAAGAACACUUAAUUCAAAUAUUAUACCUUCUUCGAUUAAUCAAAAUAGUAAAAUCGGAUCAUUCUCAUUUGGAACUCAAGUUGACGAUAGAAGAACAGCUACUGUAACUCCAGCGCCUCAAACCUACAGAGGAGAUAGACAUGACGAUACUGACCCUUUUGACAGACCUAGAGACUUUUCGACUGAUAAACAUAAAAGUAACGACAUAGAUAACAAUAUUCUAUCAAGAAAAAAAAGGGAUAUAGAAGAACCCGCUUCAAAUGUAUCUAAGGUUCCAGAUGAAUUAUCUAAACGGAAUGAUAACGAUCAUGUUAUGGAAUACAUAGAAUUUGAUGAAACACCAAAUCAGGAUGAAAGUGAUGAAGAAAUUUUGGACGAAUCUGAAAGAGGAAAAAGACAAAUUCGAUUUUAUGUCAAAAACGGCUUUAAGACAUCUCAGAAGAAUCGACCUAUCUCUAAACCAAUAAAACUAGUCCAUCUGCAGCAAUAUACUUAUAACCCGAACAUUCAAAACCAAAGACAGCCGAUAUAUAGUGGUCAAUAUUAUAAUGCUGGACAAAGUCAGAAACCUUCUUUUGACAAUAUUUUUUAUUCAACUCCUAAUACAUUUUCAUCAUAUCAAUUUGAAAAUUCUCCAUCUUUUAAACCGUUCAAAGCAAGUUUACCUGACCCUUCUAACCAAAAAGUCAUCCAAAUGAGUGGAGCAUCCCAAAUAAUAACAAAGAGUCCCCCUAUAUCAUCAUUAAAUAGUAAUCAAAAUCCAUUUUCAGCAUUGUCGGGUGGUUUUUAUAAUAAUGCUGUCAAAGGAAGUGAUAAUGGAAACAGUAAUAGCUUACAGAAGCAAAUAGUAUCUACUACGAGACGACCAAAUAUAGUUUCGUUUCCAGAUUCCUUUCAACUUUCUAGUGCAAUAGUUACUGGUAAACCAGUCUUGGCCACAUCUUCAAUAAGAACUCCAAAUAAUUAUCAGGAAAACCAGCUUAAAACUCCAAAUCAAGCUAAUAAAGUACCGAAUAAGCAAAUCGAACAAGAAUACGACGAUGAUGAUGGUGAUGAUGACGAUGAAACGUCUUCAGAAGAAAAUGGGAAUUCUUCAGAAGAAGAUAAUAAACACACAAGCUAUAAUUUCCAGCCAGACGAUUCAAGUCUCCCAUAUGAAUAUACACACCCUAGCAAUAAAUUUGCUAAUAUAGAUAAUCCCUUUGCUAGCCCCAAUUUUAAUUUUGAUGAUUUUUUGGCUAAAUUGCAACAGGAUCACUAUUCCGCGGUCGCCAGUACAACACAAAAACCAAAAUCUAAGCAUAAGACCACUUCUAAAAUUGUAACAGCAUCACCUACAGAUAAUAGUUUAUAUUCAGCUACUUACAAAGGAAUAAGUACUCCCAAGCCUUUUACAAUGCCGAUUGAAUUUAGCAGUGUAGGUCCUGUACAAAAAAACUCAUUACCCAAUCAGCCACAACAGCAACAUCAGAAUCAUAUUCAAAGACCUCAAAAUUAUCAAUCUCAUCAGUCACCUUUAAAUCAAAAUAUUUAUAAUGUACCAGCGCAAAAAGAUGCUACAAUACCAUUAGAAACUUUACUGCCUAAACUUAAACCUCCAAAUUUUAAAGAUGAUCGACAGCUUCCAAUAACUUAUAAUUUUAAUUCUCCAAAAGACAUUUUUUCUUACUCUAGACAUCCAGACUUAUCUCAGCAGUCACAAACAGUUACACCAAGACCUUAUUCAAUAACAGCUGGUACAAAUGCACCAGCUUAUUAUUCCACAACACAGAAUAACAAAAUAAAUGCACAAUAUUUAGAUUAUUUGCCUAGUAACAAACCUUACUUGUCUUCUACUGCUGAACCACUCAAUGCCCUUAUUUCAGCUUUUACACAUUCAACAUCAAAACCAUUAUCAACAAUAGCAAAUGAACAAUUUGCUUUACAAAAUUUCUGGAACAAACCUUCUCCUGACUUUUCUGUUACAACACCAUCACUGUACAGGCAAAGCGUAGUUACAGAAGUUUCAAAACAUAACAACUUACGUUCCUCACAAUUAUCUACGUCUACGUCUCCACCUAAACGUAAGCCAAUACCAAAACCUUCACCUGAAAUGAAUGAUUAUUAUUAUGAUGAAGAAGACGAAUAUUAUUAUGAGCCUAUUGUUAAGCCAAAGUAUAUGCCGAGUUCUGAAGUGAAGCCUCAACGGCCCCCAAUGGCUCAGAAUUAUCAUGAAUAUGAAGAUGCAGAUAAUCAACGUCGUCCAUCACACACAAAAGGUCCAUCGACUCAAAAACCUGAAAAAUAUAAUAUUUAUAAACAAGAGACCGUUACCAAGAACCACAAUGAUGUGUCUGUUGUUACCAAAAUACCGUAUAAAUCACAAUUGAAUAAAAAUAUUCCUGUGCCAGUAAUGGUUGACAUUAGUCGUCCUAAUUCAGUUCUGAUGCGCCCUGAAGUUUCUAGUUACCAAAUUGUUCACAACACUCCUCGUAAUAGAACUGUUCAUAUUCGUAAGCCAAUUAAUGUGGAAAGCAAUCCUAACACAUUAAAACCUCCUAAAUAUCUAAAUCAGACAACUUUACGCCCAUAUACGGUUAGGCAUAGAUUAGCUAAGCCGACUGAAAAAGGAAUAUCUAAUGACGAAGAAGAGAAUAAAAAGAAUAGAGGGAGAGUACGUCAUCAUAAUAUAGUUGCUCAAUUAAAGCAUACUACACCUCGUGACAAUUUUAAACAGGAGACUCGAAUUACAAAGACUGAUCAUGACGAUAGAACUAACAGCUUGGAACCUACUGAGAGCAUUACUCCGUCUUCAUAUUCAGCGAGCCCCCGGCCGAAGAUGCUGUACAAUGGCUCUCAAGCCUACAGUCCCGACCAAUACGACCCAUAUUACGCCGUUUACGAUGAGGAUGGUGAAUUGUACAAGGAUACAGACUAUGUGCAGCAAUAUAACACGGCAUCGCUUCGACCAGCAGUCCAGCAGACAUAUCGCGGUACUCCUCCUCCUGCUCGACGCCCAGUGGAAACGUACACGGCUAGACCAUCUCUAGAUGAAUAUGAUGAUACCCUUAUUGAAGGACAGAUCAACAACCAGAAUCAAUAUGAAACUCCUAUUCGCCAACCAACAAGGGGCGAAGGUAACGAAUUGGGCUAUGAUCAUAUACCAAGCAGCGUGAGGACGACUGUUUACGAAGCUACUUCCCUUCGCACAACUCCCUCUACAACUAGCACAAGCACAACUACUACCACCACUACUACUACCACUACCACUACCACACGACGUCCAACAACUGCACCCUACACCGAAGCUAUGACCCCGUCUCGACAUUCCCCAAGAUCAUCAACUGAUGAAAAUCGUACUCGCGUUCCCGAUUCCUCUACAAACCACACAUCUAUUAAUGAUUCCACUUCAUUAAAUCCUUCUACAAUAUCACCCGUCAUAAAUAUUUCAUCCCUUGCUAAACCCUUUGAAAAGACAGAUAACUUUUAUAGGCUAGACUUACCGUCGACAGAAAAAUUACCGACUCGUGUACUACCUUCUCGUGUGACUAACAAAAAAGGUAAUAUCCCUGUUGCAACAGAUCAAGACAUUCCAAGUGAAAAUAAUAAAAAAAUGUUAUCGUUAACAACUGGUUUUUCGAUACGUAGAAAUGAGAAUAAUACAAACAAUCCUUAUACGUUAACGUUAAUUUCAAAACCACUUGAAAAUUAUUCACCGUCUAGAUCAAAAAAUAUGCGUGUUAAUAAUAAUAAGAAACAACAUAUACAAAGAAUCCAAUAUGAUACCAGUAGUUUUAAAGAUUUACCUGAGAUAAAAGAAGUAACUGAAACUGUGCAUAAUAAAUAUAAUGAGAAUGCAAAAGAUUUAAUAAAUCCCGAAACAAUAGAAGAUGAGCAUGUUUCUAUUUAUCUAAGACCACCAAUAGAAACAUCUACAUUUAGAUCAAGAACGCGGUCAAGCACUGUUCCAUCUAGCACAGAUAGCAUGAAAUAUUAUUUAAAAACUAUUUUGAAACGCCCAGCGUCAUUUAGUAAUGACGAGUAUACCGAAAAUAAUGAUCAAAAUGAAGGUAUAUUGGAACAAAGCAAUCAAAAUAUAACAAAUCAAGAACAACUAAAUGUAGAUCCAUCAAACGUUGACAAUGACAGUGUCGAUGAUGCCGAAAAUUGGAAGCAAAUAGACUUUAAUGAUAAGUAUAACGAACCAACUGUGUCUCCUUAUAAAAUUUUAGACAACCUCAGAAAUAAUGAAAAAGAUACAAUAAGUAAAUAUGGUUUAGAUUUAGAGGUCACAUCUACGAUUUCUACCACUACUAAUAGUUUUCCUUCAACAAAGUCUUUAAAUACUUUAAGAUCAACAAAGUCUACAACCAAAAAACCUUCUUAUUACCUUUACCAUGUAGAAGAUGAUGUAGUAGCUGACCAAACUACAGAAGUACUUAAUGGUAAAGUCAGAAAUGCUAUAAAAUCUUUCAUCAAUAAUUUAUCAAGUUCUUCAUUAUCUCACUUUGCAAAACAUACUUCUCCUUCCAUAGAACCUGAUUCAGAUGAAAAAGUGGUAAAUAUAGGUUUUCCUAAGAAAAAACAGCAUUUUGCGUCAGAAAAACCCCUUCGUAGUAACUUAAAACAUGUCAAAAUAAUAUCAGAGCCAGAACUAUUAGGAUAUGUAACUCCAACCCCUGAGACUAUUACUUCCACAGUUCGACAUCCAAAUAAAAAUAUAUAUUCAUCAUCGACAAUGCCUACUUUAUUUCCUAUUACAGAAUUACCUUUCUUUAUUUCUAAACCGGAAACCGAAUCGACGGAAAGUAUAUCUAGUAUGGAUUAUACAUCCCAAAAAAAUAAAUCAAAAUUUAGCUCUUUAGUUAAAGGUAAGUCAGAUAUUGAAAAAUCACUAAAAUAUAAAAAAAUUGUCCAAGAUGUACCUAACGUUAGUGAUGUUACCCAGUCUGAUAAGUAUUAUGAUAAUAUUGAUUCGACACCAAUUACUCUACUUAAACCUGAAGACAUUACGACGACAGAGACUAAUAAUGAGCGACAAAUAAAUGACUAUAUAAGUGAAAUUGUCUCCACAACUAGUACGACAAAAUCGACCACAACUUUGAAAACUGAAGUAGAAACUAAGCCAACCACUAAAAGCAUAUCCUUUCCAACUCGUGCUUCACGUAUCAACCCCGCCAUAAAAUUAGCUGCGGCAAACAUUGGAGGUGGGCGCAGGAGUUACCAAUCAUCGUCCAAUUGUUCAUCAGACAACAGUCUGCAAGUGAAUCCAAAAUGCAACGAAAUCAAAUACCAGAGGCCAACUAGUACGAGAGGACGAGGCUCGGCACAUUUUUCGACGUCGGGUGCAUCAGACUCCUCGCAAUCAGCUCCUAACAGAGGAACACCUCCAACUCGCAGCCGACCUACAUUAAAGCCCUCUACAUCUAUUGUAGCAAAAGUGUCAGAAGUAGAUAUAUAUACAAGCCCACCAAGUCGACCAGCUCCUGUGUAUCCACAACCUACUCCUGACAAGACAGCAGCUAAAUGCAGGAAGGACGUUUGUCUAUUACCAGAUUGCUUUUGUGGAGGAAAAGAUGUUCCUGGCGACUUACCAACGGAUAAAAUACCGCAAAUUGUUCUGCUGACAUUCGAUGAUUCUGUAAAUGACCUGAAUAAGGGGCUUUAUACUGAUUUAUUUGAGAAAGGUCGGGUUAACCCCAAUGGUUGUCCAAUUUCUGCCACAUUUUACGUUUCCCACGAGUGGACCGAUUACAGUCAAGUACAAAAUCUAUACUCGGCCGGACAUGAGAUGGCAUCACACACUGUUUCACAUAGUUUUGGUGAGCAAUUUUCUCAAAAGAAAUGGAAUAGAGAAGUUGGUGGGCAAAGGGAAAUUUUAGCUGCUUAUGGUGGUGUUAAACUUGAAGAUGUUAGAGGAAUGAGAGCCCCCUUCUUAUCAGUAGGUGGAAACAAGAUGUUCAAAAUGUUGUACGAUUCUAAUUUCACAUAUGAUUCAUCGCUACCAGUUUAUGAGAAUAAACCACCAAGCUGGCCUUAUACCUUGGACUAUAAAUUAUUCCACGACUGCAUGAUUCCGCCGUGCCCGACUAAAUCGUACCCAGGAGUAUGGGAAGUUCCUAUGGUAAUGUGGCAAGAUCUUAACGGUGGCCGUUGUUCUAUGGGAGACGCCUGUGCCAAUCCACCAGACGCGGAAGGAGUGUACAAAAUGAUCUUGAAAAACUUUGAUAGACAUUAUACUAGUAACAGAGCACCAUUCGGUCUCUUCUACCACGCGGCGUGGUUCACUCAACCUCACCACAAGGAAGGAUUCAUCAUGUUCUUAGACUUCAUCAACCAAAUGAACGAUGUGUGGAUCGUCACCAACUGGCAAGCUCUCCAAUGGGUCAGGGAUCCCACUCCUAUAUCAAGGCUGAAUAAUUUCCAGCCAUUCCAAUGCAACUAUCAGGGCCGACCCAAGAAAUGCAAUAAUCCGAAAGUAUGCAAUCUCUGGCACAAAUCUGGAGUAAGAUACAUGAGGACUUGUCAACCUUGUCCAGAAAUAUACCCAUGGACCGGCAAAACUGGCAUCAGAUCAUCACGUAUUGACAACGACAUUGACGAA